AUGGCUGUGGCAAACAUCCUGACGGAACCUUUAGACAUCGUAGCAGCCGUCUGCGACUUCGUCACGACAAACAUCAUGUUAGGAAACGUGACAACAUCCGUGACCAGCUACAACCCUGCACACUGCGGAGUGUACGGCUACUACCCGUCUCUACAGCCGCUCCUGAGCCUGAUACUCGUGUUCAUGAUGGAGCCAGGCAAUAUCUUCCUGUGUGCCCUGGCGCUCACGGACAUCGCCCAAAUACUGCUGUACGCACCCACAGCCAUUUUCAACUUGGUGCACGGAGAGAUUCCAGGAGAAGGUUGGUGCAGGGUCCAAGCCUUCCUCACUUCGUUCCUAGCCACGUUCUCAGUCUAUCUACAGGCGAGCCUGUGGGUCUGCAGAUUCAUACACAUCGCCUUUCCUCUCGACUAUUCUUCCUUGAUGUCCAUACGCCGCCUCGCCGUCGCAAUGACCAUCUGCUUCCUGAUUGCCCUGACACCACCACUGGUUGGUAUCGCUCGUGUUGGGACGCUAGAGUCAUGGACUGUGGAUGUCUCCUCCGUCGACAUAGCACAGCCUCUAAGCCUAAUGAUUUCCUGUACCUUUGGUGGUCCAGAGGGCGUCGUCUACAUCACACUGUUAAUGGUCGGCGUGGUCAUCAGUUGUGUCACUGCCGGUCUCAUCUUCAAGGUGGCCUGGGAUAACGAAAAGAGACACACCAAACUGACAGGGGUCGCCAAGGAUCAGUUUAACCAAAAGCUGCAAGCAGCCAAGACGCUGGCGAUCAUAACAGGAGUGCAGCUGGUUACGUGGUGUCCAGGGAUCAUCGUCGGCCUCCUCGGGAAAUUUGGGAUCAUUACAACUGAUAGCAAACUCUUCCUUAUCGACCUCUCCUUUGUCGCUUUGAUGACAAGCACAUUCACUGAUUCAAUCGUGUACGCCAAACGUAAAAACAUAUACUGUCGAGCAGUAGACAAAAUAUUUGGCAAGAUUAGGAAGUACUUCGAGCGGAAAAAAGAACUUGAGAGUAUCCCUAUGCGUAGGUUACGUAGGAAAGAAGACAUCUGA